CAUCUGCAGUCCUGAUUGAGAAAAAGAUUAUUUACCAGCUUUCUAAAGGAUUACUGUGCAUGUAAUGGGUGUUUAUAAGAAAUGGAAAAUAAUUUCAUGCCAAUUUUAUGGCAAGUUACAAUGGAUUUAAGCCUUAGUUAGAGAAGAAACGACUUAAUUACGAGCUGGUAUGCACUUAUCAUAGGGAAGUGAAGCUGAAACAGAAACUCUUCAGCAGAAAAAGGGAGGUGUGAUCAGUUGGAGUGAGGAAUGGAGAAGAUGUGAAGGAUGAGGUGGUGGGUUUGUCUGUGUGCUCUGUGGGGCUGGUCCAGCGCCACUGUUAUCGUCCCGCUGGUCACAGAUGGCAGGGGGAGCCUCAGUCACAUGGUGCAGGACAACCAGACACUGUUCAUUGGAGCCACUAACUACAUCUACCAGCUUGGUCCAGACCUGGAGAGACAAGCGGUGGUUACCACUGGUCCUCAGAACGAUUCACAAAAGUGUGGAGUUCGAUUAAGUGGUUGUUCUUUCUUAUGGUCACUGUUGUCGACGGAUAACCACAACAAGAUCCUGCUGCUACAGUCAGACAAGCUUGUGGUUUGCGGAAGUGUUUUCCAAGGGAAAUGUGAGAUCAGGAAUGCUAUGAACAUCAGUGAAGUUUUGUUUACCGGUGACAAGGCCGUGGCUUCCAAUGAAGUGAAUGUGAAUACAAUCGCAUUCGUCACACAAGUUAUGAACAGCAUCACACGCAACAUGGAAGCUAUGAUUUAUGUAGCAACAGAGUUCACAAGGUUCGACAGUUCUAAAAGUAACUUCGAAUUUAAUCUCAGGAGAUCACAUCCCCUUGUCAGUACUAAACUUUUAGAAGACUUUUCAGUUCGAGGGAGUGUUGAAUUUGAAACUGACAAUAAGUACAUGAAGCCAGGCCUGAUAUUAUAUGUGACUGGAUUUGCUUCAGGGAAUUACAGCUACAUACUCUUUAAUGAAAAAAAUGCAGUUGAUCAACCCCACAGGUCUAAAAUUGUGCAUAUGUGUAGAAAGGAUGAUUCUUUAAAGACUUUCCUGGAAAUGCCAUUAACGUGCAAAAACAAUAACAAGACAUUCAAUAUUCUAAAGACUGGAAAAGUUUUCCAACCGGGGCAGGGUUUGUUGAAGUCACUGCAGGAACAGUUUCCAGGCCUGACCUCGGGUGACGAUGUCUUGAUGGGUCUCUUUAGUCAUAGUGAGGACAACAGCUCUGCUCUCUGUAUCUUCAGUAUGCCAGAGGUGAGAAAAACCAUGCUUUCCAAUGUAAAGAAGUGUUUGAAUGGAUCAACAGAGUUUUCAGCUAACGAAAAGUACAAGGAUGGAUUGGGAUGUACAAAAAUCAAUGUUGAAUUAAGUGACAGUGAGUUGCUGUGCUCUAACACCUUGAAUCUGAUCAUUGCGGGGGGCAUCCCUUUGGCCUCUGUCCCCGUCAUCCAGUUUCCAGCGACAGAUGACCUGCACGACUUUGUAUCCUUGGCCGUGACUGUCACUACGGAAUUCACAGUGGCAUUCAUAGGGAGUUCUACAGGACAUAUCAGGAAGGUAACUCUGCAAACAGCCACAGCAGCAGAACUGUAUGACUCAGCCAUCGCAGUGGACCAGGGUCACGCCAUCAGCCAGGAUAUGUUGUUUGACAGUUCCCAAAUGUUCCUGUAUGCCAUGAGUGACAGAAAGGUUGCUAAGAUACCGGUACAGAACUGUCAACAGUACACCACAUGUAAUACUUGUCUGGGAAGCAAGGACCCAUACUGUGGCUGGUGUACUCUGAACCACAGGUGUACAUUGAAAAGUGAGUGCUCUAAUCCAACAGCCAGUCGUUGGCAGAAUGUAGACAACAACAACUGUAUAUCAAUCCUCAAUGUCUCGCCACCAAUGGCCCACGUCUCACAGAACAUCACGCUCUAUUUAACAGUCCAUGGUCUGCCAAGGAAUUUCAAUACUUCAUACAACUGCGUGUUUGACUUCCGUAGCAAAAAUCGCAAAACCGUUCCUGCCCAGCUCAGAAGUUACGGGAUUGAGUGUAGAAAUCCCAGUGUUGACGAUCUUUCACUAAACUUCACUAACACGCUGGGACAUAUCAACAUUACCCUGGGUAUACAGUCAGUGGAGACUGGAAGUGUUAUUGUGUCCAAGCCGUAUUUACUCUACAAAUGCAGCAGCUUCUCUAGUUGUUCAGGGUGUGUGGACAACGUGUACUGGUGUGAUUGGUGCAUCACCAAUAACAAGUGUCAGUACAACACGGAUGACUGCCCCGGGGACCGUGUCAGCAGUCGAAACGGUACUUAUGAACAAAAUGACACCGAGUAUAUUAGUAAUGAAGGCAAAAGAGGGAAGCAGUUUUGCCCCAUGGUGGACGUCCGUCAAACUGGUCUCAUAUUUAUACCAAAGGGUCAGAGAAAAACCAUUAUCAUUCAGGGGAGGAAUUUUCCAGAGCCAGAUAUCUACAGUGGAAGAAUAUUCUUACCAUCAGCUCCCUUAAACAUUCCAGGGACAAGAAUAUCAGACACCGAGUUGCAGUUCCAAACAGAGCAGAUUAAUGAAGACCUACCCAAUGGUCUGUACAAUGCCAACAUGAAUGUGCUGUGGAAGCCUGAAAAAUUCAACAUUGAAAAUGAUGGACUUACUUUGACUAUAUACAGCUGUUUGGGACAGGCCGGGGGAGAUUGUAGUAUUUGUAAAAAUUUGGAACUGACCCAGCCAGCCAUGAACUGUAAAUGGUGUGGAGGCAAGUGUGAUUACCACCAGGGGGACAGUUGUGCAGAAACCACGUGUCCAGGCCCCAAUGUCACAAAUCUAAAACCGAAAAGUGGACAUUACUUGGGAGGGACUGUUGUUACCAUCACAGGAACCAACCUUGGUGUUAAAUUUACAGAUAUUGAAAACAAAGUCACAGUAGCGGGCAUUGCUUGUAAUGCAACAGCAAAAAAGGAGGAGUAUAGGCCUUCCAAAAGAAUCCAGUGUGUUGCGGGAGGCAGAAGUGGACAGGGAAGUGGGCCUAUCAAAAUAGCAGGAGUCACCCUCCAGAAGUGGAUUUAUUCCUACAAGAUUCCUGAAGUCAGCAGUAUUUCUCCAAAUUUUGCGGCGGAGUCUGGUGGUAGAACCAUAUACCUGAGGGGAAAUAACCUUAACAUUGGGAAUGGCGUCCAGGUGACCAUUGACAACAACACGUGCCUCGUUACCAGUAACCAAGAUUCAGUUAUAUCCUGUGUUGUCCCUGGUGGUGCAGGUGUUGUCAAGGUCAAAGUUCAUAUCGAUGGUAACGUCGUGGAAACAGAGGGCGGUAAUUUUUCCUACGUGGAGGACCCUACUGUGUUGAAUAUUGAUCCUCUGAAGGCCUUUGAAAGCGGCGGAAGAAAGCUGACUGUCGUUGGAAAUAAUGUUGAUGCUAUAGACAGGGCCUACAUGUUUGCUGUUUUCAGCGAUGGAUCUCGUUCCAAAAAUGAGAACUGCACAAUCCAAAACAGCACUAUCAUGCAUUGUCCUUCUCCUGCCCUCAAGACACAAACAACAGCCAUUGACACAGAAGGUGAAGAAACCAUUCGAACCAAGAGGGCGGCCCUAAGACAGAGAGCACAAACGGCGCCAUUCUUCUUGAAACGAAGAAGGAGACAAGCAGUCUCCUAUUCUGCCCAGUUGGGUUUCUAUAUGGACAAUGUGGCUUCAGUCCAGAAUCUCAGUGGAAUUCCAGGUCUUGCAGUCACCCUGUUUUAUUCAAGAGACCCAGUUAUUUAUGAUUUUGAGGAGAGCAAUAAAAUAAAGAUAUACAAUCCAGGCAUCGUUUUGGACAUCAAGGGAAGUCGAUUGGAUGAAGCAGCCAAUAAGGAUGAUGUUAAGGUGUUUGUUGGUGUGGACCAAUGUAAUGUAACCAGUGUGAGCUCAGAAAAUAUAUACUGCACACCGCCCACUAAUCAGCCCCAUUUGCGGGAUGACGGAAAACAACGAACAGAUGGAAUUCCACGAGUGUUUGUUAUGUAUGGUAACCUGGAGAAAGUGGUGGGGUUUCUGAGGUAUAAAGAAUCGGAAGAACCCAACCUAAUGGCGUACAUCGUGCCCGCUGUACUGGGCUUCGCGGGGGUAAUCAUCAUCAUUGUGGUGGUGGUGUGCCUGAAAUACCGCAAGCAACAGAAAAAUGCUGAACCUGAAUACAAGGCCAUACAGGUUCAGCUGGACAAUCUAGAGAGCACUGUCAGAAACGAAUGUAAACAAGCCUUUGCCGAGUUACAGACAGAUAUGACAGACCUCACGACGGAUUUGGAGGGCAGUAAGAAGCCGUACCAUGACUAUGACGAGUAUACGUUCAGAGUUCUCUUCCCUGGGAUGAUGGACCACAUCAUACUGCAGCCUGCACAGCAGAGAAACGGGAAUACAGAUAGACACCCUGAUGUAGCCAUUUCUCACUUCCGUCAGCUGCUGAACAACAAGCAGUUCCUUCUGAUGUUUAUUAGAACGCUGGAGAAACAGAAGACAUUCAGCAUAAGAGACAGAGCCAAUGUUGCAUCCUUGUUACUGAUCCUCUUCCAGAAUAACAUGGAGUACAUUACACAAAUUUUGAAAGCAUUACUUAAUGACCUGAUAGAAAAAAGCAUAGAGACCAAACGAACAAAGAUUAUGUUGAGAAGGACGGAGUCGGUGGUGGAGAAGCUGCUGGCUAACUGGCUGUCGCUGUGUAUGUACUGGUAUCUCCGGGAGGAGGCGGGAUCCUCUCUUUACACACUCUAUCAGUCCAUAAAAGUACAGGUGGACAAGGGGCCGGUGGACUGCAUCACCGGCGAGGCCAGGUACUCGCUGUCACAGGACCGACUCCUCCGCACAGAGAAACAGCUGGAGUACAGCAUUCUUACAUUAUUGGUGGAAUUCAAGGACAAGCCCGUGACUAAAUGUCGAGUACUAGACUGUGAUACUAUAACCCAAGCCAAAGAGAAAAUGAUUGACACGUUGUGUCGGAAUAUUCCAUACACACAAAGGCCCAGUGCUGCUGAUCUGGAUCUAGAGUGGACCAAAUCUGGAAAAAUUUUGUGUGAUGAAGAUAGUGCUACACCCAAAAUAGACGGCUGGAAGCAAUUCAAUACCCUGAAGUAUUACCAUGUGGAGGACGGGGCGGAAAUGACACUCCUGGAACACCAAAACUGUCGCACUCUGCCACGAUCACCCAACGUGAACAGAGAAGCCCAGCCUAAUACCCGCACAGAGAGUGAAAUCGGCUGCAAGUACUGGCAUCUGGUCAAGCAGGCCGACUUGAAUACCGGCAUCAAAAUUAGCUCAGAGGUCUUUCUGACUCGCCUUCUAUCCACCAAGGGUACUCUGAAGAAGUACAUCGAUGACUUUUUCACAAUAAUCCUGACAGCCAAUGAGAGCAUUCCGCCAGUCAUCAAGUUUCUGUUUGACUUCCUAGACGAGGCUGCAGAAAGAAACUUUGUGGAACCUGAAGUUGUUUACAACUGGAAGUGCAACAGCAUCCUGUUGCACUUUUGGGUGAACAUCAUUAAGAACCCCGAGUUUGUGUACGACAUCAACAAGACCAACAUUGUGGAUUCUUGUCUCUCUGUUGUUGCUCAAGCCUUCAUGGACAGUUGCUCAACCUCUGACCAAAACCUAGGAAAGGACUCUCCAUCCAACAAGCUUUUAUUUGCCAAAGACAUCCCCCAGUACAAAUGUUUGGUGGAAAAGUACUUUCAGGACAUCAAAACCAUGCCAGCCGUCAGCGACCAGGACCUCAGUGCCUAUCUCAAUGAAGUCUCCCGGAUGGCUACAGAUCGCUUCACCAAAGAAAACGCUAUUCGUGAACUCUACAAUUACGUGCACGAGAACAGCAAUGCCAUCAAUGAAAGUUUGGAGGAGGAUCAGACUUCUUCAGCCCAGCAACUUCCUGACAAACUGGGUCAUGUGAUCACAUCAAUGGAGGGACCCUCAUGUUCAGAUCCAGCCUAUUUGUGACCUUGACCUCUAACCCCAGGGUCAACCAGGCAUUUCAUCCCCAUCAUGUAGACUUGUACUUAGUCGUGUCGGCGUGCAAUAUUUAAUUAUUGUAUAAUCAACAUCUUCCAUAUUAGAUAUGUCAAGGUAGAAAAAUGAGUUCGUCGUUUCAUGUCCUGAUCUAUUUUUAAACAAUUGCUCAUAAUGUGUUCAAGACUGAUUGUUGAUAUUUUUUUAUGUAUUUUUAGGUUACCUGAGUCACACAAGUGCCCUAUUGCUAUUGGUCCAUGUCUGUUGUCGUGUGUCGCCCAAUAUCAAUCAAACAUUUUUAACUUGUUCUUGAUAUCUAACCUCCUACCACUUCUUUUCAAAUUUGAUAUGAAGCAUCUCUGGGACAAGGGGGACAAAAAUUGUAACUUUCAGGAUUCCUCCACCCCUUGGGGCCAUAGGGGCAGGGCAAAAAUUGGCCAGUUUUGAAAAAUAAAAUUCUCUACCACCACACAUCUGCGGAGAAGAAAAUGAAUGUCUUUAUUAUUUUAAGGAAAUUUUCUUUACUUUUGCUGAUACUAUAUCAAAACUAAAUGCAUAAUUAGGAAAAGUACCAAAAUUUGUGAAUUUUUCAACCCUAGGGCAUGUCCAAAAUUGUCUUUUAGUGUUGAUAUACAUAUUUUGUCAAGUUUAUCAUCAGUUUGGGCACUUUCGUUUCGGGGACAUAUGUGUUUUACGAAGACAUCUUUGUUAUACUGCUACUAAGUAUUAGAAUUUAGCAUGGAUAUGCAGAACAGGAAACUUAUGAUAGAUUUGGAGCUAGUACGUGGUACUUUGAACUAAUACUCAGGUGACCGAGAAGGCCUAUGGGCCUAUUGUUAGUCUCUGUAUUAAAUACUGUAGGUCAAUCUUUUGAUUGAUAAUAAUUUUUAUGAUAAACUAAUGGCAGUACUAGUCAAGGAAUAUGUGCUAGAUGUUCACACUCUUAUCAUUUAUAAAAGCUGUAUUGUGUUCUGGAUGAUGAUAUUUAAAUAUUUUAUACAAGCCGUACACUUUCUUGACCCUGUACAUACGUGUUUAACUCCCCUUAUCCCACCAUCCACAGUACUGUAAACCACCUUUUAUUCGCUGCUACUUUAUUUCGUGAUUCACCUGUGGUAAACUGGUUCACAGCGAGUAAAUUUUCGCAAUCGAGCCCAUGACAGACAUUCAAAGACUGGUUCGCAACGAGAAAUAUUUGCGACGAUGAGGUCCUCGCUAAUCUCGUGAAAUUUUCUAGCACACGAAUAAAAGUUGGUUUACAGUAAUACCUGUAGUAUUCCAAAUUAAUCCCACCUUCCAAAACAGAACUUGUAGUAUUUGAUACAUUUAAUUUUUAUUUCAUCAACAAUGCAGGAAUACCAUCUAUGCAAAGAUUUACCACUGCAUAUACGAAAGCUUAAUGAUGAAGGCCAGGCUUUUGAAACAAAUAUUGAUAGAUUAUAUAUUGUAUAAUAAUGUGCAUAUAAAAUGUAAUUCUGUGAGUUUGUAGAAUGAUGUACAUAAAAGAGUGUUUCAUCAGGUUAUUUGCUUUAAGUCUUUCAUUUUUAUGGGGAAAAAUUUCCUUGCCAAAAUUUGAGCGAGCGUAUGCAGUGGGCAGUGAUGUACAACUAUAUCUUGAGAGUUAAAUUACAAACUGUAUGUGUUGUCAACUGAUAGAGAAAAACAAAGUAGCUAAUGUUUAACAUUCACAGUGCAGCGGAAUUGAAGUGUGAGUUUUGUGUACAAGUUUUCUUUGUUAUUUUUUCGUUUCUUUUAAUAUGGGAUAGUAUUGCAUAUUGUUAUAUUACAUUUAGUAUGUCAUGUUUAUCUUAGUGCAUUAUUCAUUCUCAUAGAUAUUUAUAUGUUUUUAUUUUAUACAAAUCAAGUGCAAUAUGGAAGUUUUAUAAUAGUAAUGAUGGCUAUGCAUUGUAAGCUGUUUGAGUGGGAGUGAAUGAUUGUGUGAAAGAGUAUUUUUUUAAUCUGAAUCGGUCACUGGACAUUGCAUAAUGUAAAACAUUUUCUGUAGUCCACUGGAGAUACUCUGUUAUAAUGUGAAGUAUUCGUAUACAGAUGAAUAUUGAAUCUACUUUUUUGUUAUACUCAUUGUUUAUAAAACAAACCAUUUGACGUAUGUCAUCAGUCACCUUGAUUAAGGUGCAAAGAGGUCAUGUUUACCUGGUACAUAGAACAAAUUAUACAAGAUAUUUUAUUUAAUAAAAUAAUGAUACAAUUUCGAAA